AUGACGACAAGGAGAAGACAGACUAGGGUCGACGUUGGCCGUGCGUCGCGGCCAUCAACGACAUCAACUACAGCCAACCUAGCAACUUUGCGCUGUCGAAGUGGGUUCGAUGAUUUAGAUGUGCAGAUGGAAAUCGCCCAGGAUAAUUAUCGUCCGGAAGGUGAUUACGGUGGAGCGAAGUGGAGUGAAGUAGUACGGUAG